GCGGGGGCAGCGGGGAGGCCAGUUCCAAUAUGGCCGCUGACCCCGGGGGAGCCCCUCUGCCUCUCACCCUCCCUCCCGCGCUCUCCCCUCUCUCCGCCUCUCCUGUCGGGUCCACACCAUGGACGAGCUCUCGGUAACGAUCCCGGGUCUCGUGUCGCCGCCGCCGCCGCUAUGCCAAAGAGAGGAAACAGAAAACGGCUGAAGGAGCGCGGCCACGUCUGCUGUGCAGCAGCGGUUACUGUGGCAGAUUAUGCCGAUUCAGACCCAGCUAUUGUGAAGAGUGGGAGAGUAAAAAAAGCUGUGGCAAAUGCAAUUCAGAAAGAAGUGAAGUUAUUGUGUGGAUUGGAAGCUUCUCAAGUCCCUGUGGAAGAGAUUCCUGAGGAUCAUCUGGACUGUAACAAAGAUGGUGAUGAGUUGAAGAUUUCCAAGAAAAAGAAAAGCAAAAGGCACCAAGACGAUGGGAACAGUGGAGAACAAUAUCCGAUAGAUAUUUGGCUGUUUUUGGCAUCCUACAUUCGUCCUGAGGAUGUUGGCAAGUUCGCUCUGAUUUGUAAAAGUGCCUGGACAGUUACUUGUACUGCAGCGUUUUGGACUAGACUGUACAAGAGGUGUUAUCAUUCAGAUGUUUGCUUGCCCGCACGUUUGCAACCUGAAGGCAUAGACAGGUUCCGGUGCCUUCGAAUUUGUGUAAUUCGCUCGCUGUACUACAUGUAUGAACCAUUUCAUUUUCGUCUGUCAGAAAAACCUGCAAUUCCUGAAUCUACUCCAGAUACGUUACAGAACUGUAGUUGUUUGCUCUAUUGGUGCAAGAAAGGAACUGGUAACCGGCAAGACCAAAGAUGGGAGUUCAGCUACAAAUUCAAGAAGCAGUCACCCAAGUUGAAGAAUGGUUAUCGAAAUGGACUUCAGUUUCCCCGACAAUAUGAACAGGUGCACAGGAAUCCUGACCAGGACUGCUACUUGUUGCAGAUCACCACUCUCAACUUCAUCUUCACACCUGUGGUUAUGGGCAUGACCUUAACACUGUUCACAAUAAAUGUGAGCAGUGAUAUGAGGCACCACCGCGUCAGGAUGAUAUUUCAAGACUCACCGAUACAGCAUGGGAAGAAGCUACAAAAGGACCAAGGCCUCCAGGUUAUUUUGGAUCCUGUGCAGAGUGUACGUUUACUGGACUGGUGGCAUCCACAAUUCCCCUUUUCUUAUACCAUUUAAUUACACCAUUCCAUUAAAAAAAGUUAUUGUAAAACACAAAAAUCGGAUGCUGGAAAGUGUAUCGCAUGAAAGGCGUGAAAGAUGAGUUCAGUUUUUAGAGCAAUGGAAUUUAGAACUUUUGAAAUUCACUGUUAAUAGAGUACAGAUGCUAGCGACUGAAUGCAAAGUUUUGUUAAAACUAUGUAAAGACCCAAGAUCUGAAAAACCUAGUGCGGUUUAUAAAAGGCUGUUUUCAAUGGUUUCUUCAAAUGUUAAAUUUUGUGCUGUUUGUUAGUCUCUGAACAUGUUCCUGUAAACCCUUGUAGUGGCGCAACCAGCGAGACAACACUUCCAUGCAGUAACAGCCCAGCUUACUCUUGAUGUAAUGUGCAGGACUUAUGGGUUAUAAAAACUCAUGUCAAAGACCAUGUUGUAAUGGUUCUGUCAAAUCCCACACAAAAAAAAAUGUUAAACAGCGCCCUGUCACUGCUAGACAACUGGAAUUUACUCAUGUAAAAGUCAUGAAAGGGUUUAAUUGGGAGAUGACUCUGUUUGCUGACUAUGAAGAGCUUCUGAAUUCAGAAAGACAAGUCUCAGUUCCCAAGUCUGAUCUUGGAGGAUUUACCAUAGAAUAAGCUAAGGUUUUGGAGGGGUCAUUGAAAAAAUGUGUUUUUUUUAACAUAAUUGAGCUACUGUAUCUACUGGCCUUACAUGAGGCGCAAUGAAGUCUUUCCAAACCAGCAAUGGCACCUAGGCUUGUGAAAAUUCAUCCUGAUAUAUUUUUGUGGCUGGGGGUUUAAGUCAAAACAAGUCUUCUUGACUCUGUAAAGGAGUCUAAAAGGCAAGGCUCAACACUGUAACUGUAGAAUUUCCAGUAACUCAUGUACACAAAGAUUUUUAAAGGUUUUAGACUAAAAAUUGCCAGUCUUACAAGUUACAACUCACACCACAAUGCAAGCCUUUUGCUGAAUGUGUUUUACUGUUUUUUUCAACAAAAGAUUCAAAUUGAAGUUGCUAGUAUCGUGCUAACUGAGACGUGUUUCUUUUAGGGGGGAAACUAUGGUGGGAGAGAAAUUAUUCUGCUUCUCUUUAAAUGCUGCUCUCCAUUUAGGCAAAUGAUUUAGAACAAAACCAACUUCGUUGAACGUUACUUUUUUUUAAAAAACCAAUAGAAUUCACAGUGGGAGGUGGAUUUAAAGAAGAACUUUACUGUCAUGGGUACAAUAUGAAUGGUUAAGACAGUUUGAAUACUACAGUACGUUAUUCUACAACGAUGUGAAUAUCCAUCAACCAGGUGUAGUUUGUUCAGGUGAAAUAAUACAAAUCUUACAGUGCAGCUUGAAUCUUGCAGAAAAUGUUUUGGGCUGGUCAAAGGCUUGAAAAUGGUUGAGUAGAUGUAUUGUCAUUGGUGUUGCCGUCUGUGUACUUUGUGCUAACGCGUUUUGGCUUCAAAAGCUGUUUCUCAUUAAUUGUUUUAUUUUAAGACUGAAUUGAGUGUUCCUGAAGGAAUCUGCAUCAAAUGCUCAAUUGCUUCUGUGUUUGAUGCGAAAAUUCAUAUUGUUUGAAAAUGACUUUUUACCUACUCCCAGUUAUUCUCAAUGGAGGCUUUAGCAUCUGCUAUCUAUUGUUUGUUUCUGAUGUUGUCAUCCAGUUGGUUGUUCAAUGACAGUAAAAUCGCUCCUUUAAAAGUUCCUCAUUGUCUACCCAAGACCCUUAAGGGACAAUAUUUGAGCCGAGGCUGAUCAUUGGUGCAAAUGUCGUGGUCAAACCAGUUAAAAGGUGGGUACUGUCAGCCAGACUCCAGUAUCAGUUACCUACAAUCUUGUACCUGAUGUUUGCUUUAUAUUUUUGCAUCAGUUUGGCAAGAAUAGUGUGUAUAUUAGGAAUAAGAAAUGUGCAGGGUUUUUAAUUAUUCAAAGCAUGCUUUAUGAUUAGUAUUUACUGCAAAUGAUUUGGUCCAGAAAUUGCCUCGCCUUCUUGUAAGGAUUAUUAAAACGGGUAACUGAAUGGAACUGUUUGAAAAUACAGUAGUCACUGUUAAGUUUGAUGAUUGUUAAAACAUUUAUUUUAAGAACCAUUAAAUCUUGAAUAAGAUGUGACUUCAAUGUGCCUGGAAACGGUUCACUUUUUGUGGAACAAAAUUGUACAACCUGAUUGUGGCAAAUACAAGGAAUGUAUCCUGGUCCUUUCCACACAAGGUAAUGUACUGGAGAAAUUCAACAUGAAAUAGUUGAGUUUUUCAAUAAAGUGAAGGUGAAUGUUUUCCCAGCACCUUUGUGACAAUUUUUGUCCUUGAGCUGAGAUCCUGAAUGAGAGCAGUGUGCACAGGGCUAGACUGUCCAGCCAUUACCUGUCUAAUCUGAGCAUUACUAGAUUUUCCCUCAACUCUUCUGAAUACUAGUUAGUGGCUGUGAAGGACAAAUCUUUAAGGUAUUAUUCAUCUUAAAUGUGCAUAAGGAUACUUCUAUUUUUUAAGAUUUGUUUUAAAAAACCCUUCUAACUCUGAAGUUCCUGGCUCGGUACAUUGACGGCAGUGUUUCAAAUAAAAUUCAUGCAGUAUUGGAGGAAAGCUUCUUAUUCAUUUUAUUUGGGGCAAGUUCAUUGACAGGGAAUGAACAAAUCAUUUCAAGCAAAUAUUGCUGGUAAAUCAUUUUAAAUUGAUCUUUGAAUGUUGACUCUUGACCCUCUCGUGUCCCCGUCCCCCCCCCCCCUUUUAAAAUGCACUCUUACAUGCUAAGUGUGGAAAUAAUGCCCUCAGUAAAUUAGCUCUUUGGUGCCUCUUGGGAUAAAUAGGAAGAAAUUAGUCAGAAUUUUGGCUGCACUUUGAUAGAACUAGACAGAAUUGAUUUGCUUAUUUGUAAAAUAUCAGCAGGUCCGGAAUCUGCACUGCGUAGAAUGUGUGUCACUGAUGCAGUAAGAUCUUCAAACAGAGGUCAGGGCUCUUGAGCUGUUAAAUUUGAACAAUACAUUACUAUCACACAGUACAAUGGUCUUUAAUAAAUUGUAUUGUUAUGAGGUCAUUUUCAUGUAUGAAUGAAAAGUAUGCAACCGGCAAGUGUGCUUCCUGAUUAUUUGUAAAACAUUAAUUUUAAUAAAAUGGAGAUUCCACUGUCCAGUGAUAAAAAAUUGAAUGUAAAAGCUGAAAUCGAGUUGAAACGUGCAAAGGUACAAGCAAUUUACAGAUGGACCAGAUUUCCUUUGUACAUUGCUGUAUUCCAUGAACUCAAUAAAGUUUGUGUAAGACA